UGAAUGGUAAAAAAAAAAGUUACUGCAAUCUUUACCGUAUCAUCAGUUAUCUCACGCCAUGCUAAUCAUGUCCUGAACAAGUUGACCAAGAUAACGUUUGCGAUUGCGAGACGGCUCUGCUCAAUACAAAAUAAGGAGGAAGGAAAACCACUUCCCGCCCCCGGGCUGGCAAGCCUGGCAGCACCAAGCACCAAUAAUGGAAUGCAAACCGAGGCAAGAAAUAGGACAGGGACAGCAGCAGCGGAGCAAGAAACCAACCAGACAAUAGAACCUCUCUCGAAAUCCGACGACCCAAACCAGCACCGGGGCAGCAACAAAGCCAAGAAUCUCUCCAGCGAUGAUGGACCCUGAUCCGGCGCUGACGAGCCCAGCCGGGGGCGCUGCGGCGGGGUCUUCUCCGCCGCCGCCGUCGUCGCUGAUCUUUCUGGGCACGGGCUGCUCCGGCGCGCUCCCGGACGCGCGGUGCCUCAUCCAGCCGUCCGCGCCGCCGUGCGCCGUCUGCUCCACGUCCCUCUCCCUGCCGCCGGACCGGAACCCCAACUACAGGUGUAACACCUCCCUCUUGAUAGAUUAUUGCCAUGACAAUGGAACUCACAAGUACAUUCUAGUUGAUGUUGGCAAGACCUUUAGAGAACAAGUUCUCCGGUGGUUUGUGCACCACAAAAUUCCUUCCGUUGAUUCGAUUAUUCUGACUCAUGAGCAUGCAGAUGCUGUCUUAGGCCUGGAUGAUGUUUGGGUGGCACUUCCUUGUAGUCAGAGAAGUGAUAGUGACCAGGUUCCUAUUUUUCUAACCCAAUUCACACUGGACAGUGUUGCAGCAAGAUUCCCCAACUUGGUGAAGCAGAACCUGCAGGAAGGCGAUGACUUUGCCAGAACUGCUCAACUCAAUUGGAUGAUAAUCGAGGGUGAUGUUGACAGGCCAUUUUUAGCAUCAGAGCUUGAGUUUUUGCCGUUGCCAGUCAUGCAUGGAGAGGACUAUGUUUGUUUAGGCUUCUUAUUUGGGAGGAAAGCGAGAGUUGCAUAUUUAUCUGAUGUCUCAAGAAUUCUGCCUAGAACUGAGCAUGCAAUUUCAAAGUCUGGUGCGGGGCAACUUGAUCUCCUUAUACUAGAAACAAACAGGUUGCAUGGGGCGGGAGAUGCUCGCAGUUGCCAUUUAACUCUCACUCAGAGUCUUGAUGCUGUCAAAAGGAUUUGCCCUAAAAAAGCUAUGUUUAUCGGAAUGAACCACGAGUUUGAACACCAUAGAGAAAACGAGAUGUUGGCGGAAUGGUCUCACAGAGAAGGAAUACCAGUACAGCUAGCUCAUGACGGCCUGCGUAUCUUCAUUGACCUGUAAUAAGGCAUGGCUUGUGGAUCGUAGUACAAUGUUUAAGCAACACAGAUUUGAUGGCACCUUUGAACAGCUUUGGUUAUACCAUUGCAGAAUACGGCAUCAGUAUAUCCUUUUCCCAGUUCUAAUGGGAAGCCACUGGUGUUGCAAAAACACUGGUGCUUUAACUCAGUGAUCACUUAUUGUUUUGUGGCAUAUUCAAAUAUGGAAAUAUCAGCUGAGAACUACCUAACAGUUGAAAAAUGUACAGAUUUGUUACCUGUUCUGUGUGAAAGUUUUGAAAUUUCUAAAAGUGAA